AUGGAGGUAAAUUGUUUAACACUAAAAGACCUGAUCAACCCCAGGCAGCCCAGACUAGAUUUUGCAAUAGAAGAUGGGGAAAAUGCACAAAAGGAAAAUAUAUUUGUUGACCGAUCAAGAAUGGCCCCAAAAACUCCAAUAAAAAAUGAACCAAUUGAUUUAUCGAAGCAAAGAAUCUUCACUCCAGAACGAAAUCCCAUCACACCUGUUAAGCUUGUCGACAGACAGCAGGCAGAACCAUGGACGCCCACAGCUAACCUGAAGAUGCUCAUUAGUGCUGCCAGCCCAGACAUAAGGGACCGGGAGAAGAAAAAAGGGCUGUUCAGACCUAUUGAAAACAAGGAUGAUGCAUUUACAGACUCUCUGCAGCUUGAUGUUGUUGGGGACAGUGCUGUGGACGAAUUUGAAAAGCAAAGGCCAAGCAGAAAACAGAAAAGUUUAGGACUCCUGUGCCAGAAGUUUCUAGCUCGCUAUCCAAGUUAUCCCUUGUCAACUGAGAAAACUACCAUCUCCCUAGAUGAAGUUGCGGUCAGUCUUGGUGUUGAAAGGAGACGCAUCUAUGACAUUGUAAAUGUGUUAGAGUCACUGCAUCUGGUCAGCCGGGUGGCCAAGAAUCAGUAUGGCUGGCAUGGCCGGCACAGCCUGCCAAAAACCCUGAGGAACCUCCAGAGACUAGGAGAGGAGCAAAAAUAUGAAGAGCAGAUGGCGUACCUCCAACAGAAAGAGCUGGACCUGAUGGAUUACAAAUUUGGAGAACGUAAAAACGGCUAUCCAGAUUCCCAAGAUCAACAGCUCUUGGAUUUCUCUGAGCCCGACUGUCCCUCUUCAUCUGUAAACAGUAGAAAAGACAAGUCUCUGAGAAUUAUGAGCCAGAAGUUUGUCAUGCUGUUCCUUGUCUCCAAAACCAAGAUUGUUACUCUAGAUGUGGCUGCCAAGAUACUAAUAGAAGAGAGCCAAGAUACCCCAGACCACAGUAAAUUUAAAACAAAGGUACGACGCCUGUAUGACAUAGCCAAUGUUCUGACCAGCUUGGCUCUGAUAAAGAAAGUGCAUGUAACAGAAGAGCGAGGCCGUAAACCAGCCUUUAAGUGGAUCGGGCCUGUGGACUUCAGCUCCAAUGAUGAAGAACUAGUGGAUGUUUCUGCAUCUGUCUUACCAGAAUUGAAAAGAGAAGCAUAUGGCCAGAUUCCGGUCUGUGCAAAACAGAAGCUGGCUCGUCAUGGUUCUUUUAACACCGUUCAUGCUCCUGAGAGGGUCCAGAGGAAAGUGAACUCGGAACCCAGCAGCCCGUACAGAGAAGAGCAAGAAUCAGGGAGCUACUCCUUAGACAUUGGAAGUCUAACAGCUGUCUAUAGACAGAAAGUAGAAAAUAAUUCACAGGGAAAAGCCUUUGCCAGUAAGAAAGUGGUGCCUCCAGCGAGCAGCUUGGACCCUGCUGCUCCUUUGCCUGUCUUCUCUGUUGACUCAGAAUAUUGUGUUAAUCCUUUAGCUCACCAAGUAUUUUCUGUUGCUCAAACGGACUUGCAGACAUCGUCUGUGCAGAAUGGUCUGAAUGGACAAAUAGGUGUCUCGCUCCCUUCUGCAGCCUCUGACGGGGAGAGCCUAAAGCCACCUCUGCUUGCCAGCCAGCCCUUGGUGUACGUGCCCUCCACCUCCCUGUUCAUGCUGUAUGGGAGCUUGCAGGACGGACCGUCCCCAGGGUCAGGGUUAGGGUCAGGGAAGGAGGGCAGAAGCUCAGAAGUCCCAGCCACAGCAGAGCUAUCGUCCACAUCCUCAGCCCAGAAGCGCCUCUGUGAGGAGAGGAAGCCUCAGGAGGAGGAUGAGCCGGCCACUAAAAGACAGAGUAGGGAAUAUGAUGACAGCCCCCUGUCCCUCGUCAUGCCCAAGAAACCCUCAGGCUCCACAGACCUUGCCUCUCCCAAGACUGUGGGUAACAGGGGAUCGAUGCCCCUGGAAGACAUUCACAUGAAUGGCCAAGUCUCUGCUGCAAAGGAGGUUACAGAAAAGGCUACAGCAGACUACUUCGUUUCUUCUGAAUGGGAAAAUCCUUCCAGAAAUACAGAUAAUGAAAAGCCUUCAAAAGAAAAUGAAAGCACCAAAGAGCCCUCUUUGCUGCAGUAUCUUUAUGUGCAGUCUCCAGCUGGGUUAAAUGGUUUCAAUGUGCUCUUAUCUGGCAGUCAAGCCCCCCAUCCCGCAGGACCAUCUUCAGGUCAGCUGCCAUCCUUCAGUGUUCCUUGCAUGGUCUUGCCAUCUCCAACGCUGGGCCCUUUUCCUGUUCUCUAUUCUCCCGCAAUGCCCGGGCCACUUUCUUCUGCUCCUGGUGCUCUCCCAAACACAGGACCUGUGAAUUUCGGCUUGUCUGGCCUUGGAUCGACAGCUCAGCUUCUCGUCGGCCCUGCAGCCCUGGUCAAUCCGAAGUCGACCACACUACCUUCUGCAGACCCUCCACUUCAGGGUCAGCCCCCACUUAACCUGAGUCCGGUGAUCUCAAGGUCACACAACGUCAUCCAACCUGAGUCUCCCAUUUACAUGGGACAUCCAGUCCCAGCAGUAAAAUUACAACAGUCACCAGUUCCAGUGACCCCCAAGAGCAUCCGAUGCGCACAUCGUGAAACAUUUUUCAAGACACCUGGCAGUGUCAGAGACCCUGUCCUUAGAAGAAGAGAAAGGAAUCAGUCACGAAACACCAGCUCAGCCCAGAGGAGGCUAGAAAUCCCCAGCAGUGGGGCUGACUAA